AUGGAGGCCCUUUUCUCAAAACUCCUCGGCACUGACCUUCGUUUUGAAAAUAAUCAGGAACAGGAGUACGGAGAGUUAUUUUCACAGGAAGACGAGUUAACUAUCAUAGACCCAAAUUCCAACAGUCUUAUACCGACUACACCGCUCUUUCCUACUGAUAGAGUUGGACAAGAGCAUGGCAAAAUUAUAACCACCCCUGCUCAAUCAGAUGACGUUAUAAGUGCACCCGACUCAGCCUUUUCAGAAACAGAGAUUUCACCUCAUUCUUCCAAUUGUGCCUGGAAUUUUGAAAGCCAGAUUAACAGGUAA